AUGAGCUUGGCCGUUAGCCAGUGCGUAUACAGCCAGAUCCAACGGUACUCCCUCCGCCAGCAAAAGCCACGCGGCCUAGAAGAGCAAGUGGCCAUCUUCGUCGCCACUCGCAUCUUUGAUGUCGGCCUCACAACAGCUGCAGCGGUUGCUGCGGCUGCGGCGGGCGCAAAUGCCAUGGGCGUCCCAUUGACGUCGGACAUGCUUCGACAUGCCGCCAUCGGGGGAGCCAUCAAAGCGGCCGCUAUGGCAGUCGCUGGACUGAUUAUGCUGGUGCCACAAAACACGCCCUUGAUUGUGCUAAUGACAUUGUUGGGAACUUCAAUCGGAUCCAACGCUCUCGCAGUGGUAGCAGUAGCCAAUCGCAUAUUUGGGACUAAUCAAGCCCCAAACCAAUUCAUCAUCGCAGCUGUUGUAGCAUCCAUACCUCUGUCAUUUUGUUUCGUCUACUACUACGGAGCGUUUCGAGUACCAAUCACAUUCACCUCGAUCGCUUUCGACGUCCUCGGCGCCUACACUUUUGUGAGAAUGGCCGAGAAUCUAGGGCACCCCAUCUGCCCACCCCGUCCAGCAUUGGUGGCUGGCGCCGUGUUUGGGGCAGUGUUCUCCGGAGCAAUCACUCUACUUGGCUGCUGUGUCAUCGGAAAAAGCAGGACCAUACCCAUCUCGGACUUUUCAGGAAACGGACACGCGACCGGAUCCGCCCUCACGACAUGCUGCGGGAACCGUGUGCAUGUGAACGUCCAAUCAACCGAGUACGCCAGGGGGCAGGGAGUUGUGGGGUCUAGGAAUACCUUCACCAACGGAACUAUCUACAAUAGUGCCCAUGGGAUUGGUGUCUAUUGGGAUCCGGGAAGUGUCCAUGGUGGUCUUACAUUCAACACCCACUCUACUCGGGACUGCACGACAAGUACUGGGACAUCUAACAUGACUAGAAUUGUGAUGGCUUGA